GCUCUUCGGUUGAGGGAAGAUGGUCGGCCGGAACAGUGCCAUCGCCGCUGGUGUCUGCGGGGCUCUUUUCAUCGGGUACUGCAUUCACUUGGACCGCAAGAGACGGAGUGACCCCAACUUCAAGAACAGGCUUCGAGAACGAAGAAAGAAACAAAAACUUGCCAAGGAGAGAGCUGGACUUUGCAAGUUACCUGACCUUAAAGAUGCCGAAACUGUUCAGAAAUUCUUCCAUGACGAAAUACAGCUUGGUGAAGAGUUGCUAGCCCAAGGCGAAUAUGAGAAAGGUGUGGACCAUCUGACA